AUGGAACCGGUCCAAGCUGGUUGGAACCGGUCUAGACCAUUUGAAACCGGUCUAGACCGUUUGGAACCAGUCCAAGCUGCUUGGAACGCGUCUAGACCGGUUGAAUUUGGUCCAGACCGGUUUGAACCAGUCCAAGCUGGUUGGAACCUGUCUAAACCAGUUGAAACCUGUUCAGACCGGUUGGAACCGGUUGAAGCCGGUUUGAACCGGUCCAAGCUGGUUGGAACCGGUCUAGACCGGUUGGAACCAGUCCAAGUUGCUGGAAAUGAGUCAAGACUGGUUGAAUCUGGUCUAGACCGGUUGGAACCGGUCCAGGAUGGUUGGAACCCCUCUAGACCGGUUGGAUAUGGUUCAGACUGGUUUUGCCAGUCCCAGCUGGUCUGA